GCGCCUGCCCGGCCUAACGCGCAGGGAGGACUGCAUUUCCCAGCGUGCCUUGGACGUCAGGAGGCCGAGCCCUGAGCGGGAACUGCAGCAGCCGAGGCUGAGCCGCAGCCAAUGAAGAGUGGGCUGUUGCUCCAGCGCCUGGUCUCCAUGUCUGGCCGCGUCUGUUUGUCCCGCGGCAGCACGGGAUCCGGGAUCAUCGGUCCGGUCGAGGCCACCAUUCGUGCGAAGUUGGAACAGGCCCUGAGCCCCGAGGUGCUAGAGCUGCGCAAUGAGAGCAGCGGCCAUGCGGUCCCACCAGGCAGCGAGACACAUUUUCGCGUGGCGGUGGUGAGCGCUCGUUUCGAGGGACUGAGCCCUCUGCAACGGCACCGUUUGGUCCACGCGGCUCUGUCGGAGGAGCUGGCUGGGCCAGUCCACGCACUGGCCAUCCAGGCGCGGACCCCCGCCCAGUGGAGGGAGAAUCCCCAGUUGGACAUAAGCCCCCCCUGCCUGGGUGGGAGCAAGAAAACUCGAGGAACUUCCUGAAGCCUCAGUGCCAUCCAGAAUUUGUAAGGGGCAAGGGCCGUGGGCCUCAUUCUGCUGAUACAUACCUAUUCUCCCAAAAUAGAAACUCAUUUCAGGUCAAAGUUAACCCAAGGAAAGAACGGAACUACUCAUACCGCUCCUGCGCUGGCUUUUCAAGAAGGUUUGCCCAGUUUUUCCAUGUUAAUUUGUGGCUAAGAAACUGCACCUGACCUGAUGAGUUGGAAACAGUCCUGUACAUUAAAAGGCAAAUUACGUCUCGA